AUGUUGACAUGUCAAAUCCAUUCUGAUCAUCGAGGACUUUGGCAAUUAUGGAGAGAUUUCGACAAAGUUGCGUGCGGUGUUUGGGAGAACGUUGAGGUCGUCGCAUGUCCUUGUGCUGCCGAAGAUACCUUUCUGAAGUUGGAGCUUGUCGAGUUUGUCGACAUUCUCUUUCUCAACAAAGUUCUCACCAACCACCGCGAUCUUCCUCCGCUUGGCCUUCAGGACGCUCGUCGAGGUAUCAACAAUUUAUCCUAUGUGUUGUUGUUUGUUGUAUAUAUGAUGGAGCCUCUAGGGCACCCAUGUGGCUUGGCCUGGUUACAUGCCAUUUGGUAUUUUAAGCGCAAACUCCAAGUUUCCUUCAGAAUCUUAGAAUGGGGAAAGCCAUGCCAAGAGCUUAGUCAUUAUUAUUCGAGAUUCCUUGAAUGUGUAAUAUGCCAUGCUUCCGGAGACACACCUCUAAUAUAUCGAAAGCAGACUCAUAAAUUAAAUUACCAUCUAUCUGUCAAAACUUUUGCACUAAUGCAGAUUGAGAACUCGGCUCUAUCUAUCUCAACGCUAGCCACCCAUCUCCAUCAUGAACGCACCAUCCACACAUGA